UUACAAAGGUGGAGUGACAUGACAGAUCAGAUAUAUGCAUAAAAGGAAGAUUAAUUUUGUAGUAUAUGAAGAUGUGUUGUAAUAAUAUAGUGAGAGCUUGAAUUUUUUUCAGUAAGCAAGAAGGAAUCAUUGAAAGGUUUUGAAAAGAUUGACAUGAUAUAUAUGCGCAGUAAAAAGGUUUAUCUGACAACAUAUGAAGGGAAAUAUUGCAAUAAUUCAGAGAUUAUUAGGUGAAAAUCCAGAAUCUGUUUUAGGGCAGUAGCAGUAGGAACUGAGAGGGAUGACAUGUACAAGAGAUUUGGGGAAGACAGAACCAAUAGGACUUGGCCACUGGAAAUUAGGAAGAAGGGGGAAAAAAACAUAAUGUCAACAUUUCAGAUAAGGAAUACUAUCAGAAGCAGGACAAUGAUAUAGGUUGAGGCAGGAAAAGUAAAUAACUUUGGUUUUGUUUUAUCUUAAAUAUCAAAUCAGAACCUGCACUUGCUUUUUUCCCAAAGAAAAUUAGAACAAAAUAGUAAUGUGAAAUUUUCUAUUCUCUAAAGUAUUCUCACAUUACAAAUAGGCAUUAGCCAUUUGUCAGGUCGUCUCGAUUUUAAAUGACUGAAACCUCGAUAAAUUUCGGGACAAGUUAAGGGUUCACCCACAGGUGAGUGGCUGUUCUCAAAGCCAGGAAUUCACUCGACUUUGAACGGUUCUGUUUGGGUUGCCGGGAUGCCUCCCAGGACUCCCCAUCCAGCAUGAGGCAGAGGAUGUAGAUAGUGCUGGCCUUCAACCCUCUCCAGGUCUCCAGCCUAAAGCUUGGUAUCAGUGGCUUAAGUGGUCUAAUUUGCAAAGUGGUGAUAGUGAGGGGCGGAGGGAAGGGGGGCAGAUGUAGCAAACACAAGUGUAUGAAUGGGAGAAGGUCCCAAGUGAUUUCCUCGCUGCGGGGUGGGAGAAGUAGGGUCGCUCUCCUGAGGAGAUGAGGGGCACACACAGUCGCUCCCCGCCACCUUCCCUUCCGAGCUCCCCGCAUUGCUAUAACCCAGCAGCAUCGCCCUCCGGCCCACUCCGGGGGGAAAUGCACAGUGCAACCAACCCUCCAACGUGCCUGGGAGACGCCCCCUCGCCCUGCCGCCCGGUUAUUGGCCGCGCGUCUAUGUCACUCGACGUCCUAGUUUGCCAUCCCUUCCUGGGCAGAGGAAGACGGGCGGGGUAGGUUGUGCGCGCCUCUCUCCAGCUCUGGCAGCUGUGCCUUUGCAGCAGGCUCGGGGAGGGUAGUGAGAGAGAGGGCGGGGGAAGAGGGAAAGGAAGCGGGAGCUGGGCACUCUGCGGGCGAGGCGCUGGCCGCUCCAUGCGGGGAGGGACGCAGCCGGGCAGGCCAGGGCUGGGGGGCUGCGGCCGGCGCCGAGGGCAGCCAAGGAGGACCUGCCCGGCUGGCUGCCCCACGCCAUGCCCCACCUCGCCCAGGCGAGGCAGCGGGCGGGGAAGGAUGCGCCGCCGUCCACUGCAGUUUGCAGCCCAGCUUUCCCUCUUGCAGCCCAUACCCUGAAGCAGAAAGUUUGGGGACUGGGGUCUUCCAUCCUUCUUCCCCUCCAAUGACUUUGCCCAAGGACUUCUGCUGCCCAGUCCUUACCGUGACCUGGCAUCUGGUACCCAGAUCAGAAUGAAUUGUUCCAGGCAGUUACCAAGGUUCCCCUACUCUUUCAGCACCCCCUUCUUUUUCCUUUAAAUUUCAAUUUUUCAUCUUUUGGUUUUUUUUUUUUAAUUCGCUGCUCCUUUUCUGGGUGGGAAGGAAAGAGAACAGUUCUCCCUUAAGAAGGCAGCGCUGAAAGGGAUAGAUCCCCAAACCGACCCAUAUUCACCAUGAAGAGGUGCAAGUCUGAUGAACUGCAGCAACAGCGGGAGGAGGAUGGAGCCGGGCUGGAAGAUGCUGCUUGCCACCUGCCGGGCCCGGACUUGAAACCUGGAGAGGUCAUGAGUGCAAAUCCUGCCGUGGCUCCAGCGACUCCAGAUGUGGGUGUUGCCAUGGCCCCCAACCCUGGUCCUCGAAGCAAGCCUCCGGAUUUAAAGAAAAUCCAGCAGCUUUCUGAGGGAUCCAUGUUUGGCCACGGUCUGAAGCAUCUGUUCCACAGUCGAAGGCGGUCCCGGGAACGGGAGCAGCAGCAGCAGCAGCAGCAAACAUCUCAGGACUCCCAGCAGCAGCAGCACGGCAUGUCAGACCAUGACUCCCCGGACGAGAAAGAGCGCUCCCCAGAGAUGCACCGUGUCUCCUACGCCAUGUCCCUGCACGACCUGCCUGCUCGGCCCACUGCCUUCAACCGUGUAUUGCAGCAGAUCCGCUCCCGCCCCUCCAUUAAGAGGGGGGCCAGUCUACACAGCAGCAGCGGGGGCAGUGGAGGGGGUGGUGGUGGCAGUAGCAGCAGCCGCAGAACCAAGAGCAGCUCCCUGGAGCCCCAGCGGGGCAGUCCUCACCUGCUGCGCAAGGCCCCCCAAGACAGCAGCCUGACAGCCAUCUUGCACCAACACCAGUGUCGACCCCGGUCUUCUUCCACCACUGACACUGCUCUGCUGUUGGCAGAAAGCAGCAAUACCUAUUUCUUGGCUGAAGAGUCCGAGGGCCUUUCUGAUAAGGCAGAAAAGGGUGACCUCAUCACUCUUCCCGGGGGCCCCGGCCAUGGUGAGUCAGACGGCCCCAUCAGCCUGGAUGUCCCUGAAGGGACCCCAGAUCCCCACCGGACCAAGGCCGCCAUUGAACACCUGCACCAGAAGAUUCUCAAGAUCACCGAGCAGAUCAAGAUCGAGCAGGAGGCCCGGGAUGACAAUGUGGCCGAGUAUCUGAAGCUGGCCAACAAUGCAGACAAGCAGCAGGUGUCUCGCAUCAAGCAGGUGUUCGAGAAGAAGAACCAGAAGUCAGCCCAGACCAUCGCCCAGCUGCACAAGAAGCUCGAGCACUACCACCGGAGGCUGAAGGAGAUCGAGCAGAACGGACCCUCGCGGCAGCCCAAAGAUGUGCUCAGGGACAUGCAGCAGGGCCUGAAAGAUGUGGGCGCCAACAUGCGGGCGGGCAUCAGCGGCUUUGGGGGCGGCGUGGUGGAGGGCGUGAAGGGAAGCCUCUCGGGGCUCUCCCAGGUGACCCACACGGCCGUGGUGUCCAAGCCCCGGGAGUUCGCGAGCCUCAUCCGCAACAAGUUUGGCAGCGCGGACAACAUCGCCCACCUGAAGGACCCGCUCGAGGACGGGCACCCAGAGGAGGCAGCCAGGGCUUUGAGCGGCAGUGCGACCCUGGUGUCCAGUCCCAAGUACGGAAGUGACGAUGAGUGUUCCAGCGCCAGUGCCAGCUCAGCUGGAGCGGGCAGUAACUCCGGGGCUGGGGCUGGUGGGGGGCUGGGGAGCCCCAAGUCCAACACCCUGUACAGUCACCCCAACAACCUGGAUACUCUUCUGGAAGAGCUGCGGGAGAUCAAGGAGGGCCAGUCCCACAUGGAGGACUCCAUGGAGGACCUGAAAGCUCAGCUGCAGCGAGACUACACUUACAUGACCCAGUGCCUACAGGAGGAGCGCUAUAGGUAUGAGCGCCUAGAGGAGCAGUUGAACGACCUGACAGAGCUACACCAGAACGAGAUGACCAAUCUGAAGCAGGAGCUGGCCAGCAUGGAGGAAAAAGUGGCUUACCAGUCCUAUGAGAGGGCUCGAGACAUCCAGGAGGCUGUGGAGUCCUGCUUGACGAGGGUCACCAAGCUGGAGCUCCAGCAGCAGCAGCAGCAGGUGGUCCAGCUGGAGGGCGUUGAGAACGCCAACGCGCGGGCGCUGCUGGGCAAAUUCAUCAACGUGAUCCUGGCGCUGAUGGCCGUGCUGCUGGUGUUCGUCUCCACCAUCGCCAACUUCAUCACGCCUCUCAUGAAGACGCGUCUCCGUAUCGCCAGCACUGCCCUCCUCGUCCUCGUCCUCUUCCUCCUCUGGAAACACUGGGACUCCCUCAGCUACCUGCUAGAGCACGUCCUACUGCCCAGUUGAAUCACCAGCCGGAGCACUUCCCCAACUCCCAGGCAGCUUCUGUUCUAGUGGGGAGACCUGGCCCCCCUGGACUUUUUCGUGUGUUUGGUUCAGGCUCUCCCCCCAGAUUCCUGCACUCUGUUUUCCUUCCUUUUCCUUGUGUUUCAUUCAUAUCUGAUGAUGUUUCCUCCCUCCCAAGGGAAAACGGGUAGUUCGGAAGCUGACCGCUUCCCUCCCUCAGCACAGAUAUGGGAACCAUAACAGAGUGGAGAAGAAAACCAGGGGUUAUAUUUAUUUGAUUACUUAAAAGACAUUCGAGGUCUUCCUGCUGACCUACAGAUGGCCCUUUGGGGCUCAAGAGUCAUGGAAAGAGGGAGGAAGGAGAGGUCUCUGCUCUGAGCCCCUUGGGAGAGAAUUCACCCUGCAGACCUCUCUCCAGUUUGAGCUCAGGACAGAGAUGGACAAGCAGACCAAAUGGGAGAGAGGAAGAAGUUCACAGACCCCUGAGGUCUAGGAGAGGCCAUUGGAGGAGAGAGGUCUUUGAAGGGCCAGAAAGUGGUCCCUGGGGCCCCAGAUGUGUGCAGGGCAAAAGGGGACUGAGAGGAGCUGGUUCCCAAGCCUGGCUCAGCCCUGUCUGCUGCAGAGCUGAACCCUGUGAUGCACAGGAUACGGACCGCACUUGGGAAUUGUGUGUGGUUGGGUUUUGUUUGUUUGUUUUUUGUUUGUCCUUUUCAUGCUGUCAUCAACAUUUUCAGAAAAAUACAGCAUUCCCAUCCACUUACCCGGGGGCCCCAACCCUCAGAUCUGGGGUUCCUGCAAGUAUUGUCGAUUUAUUUAUUUAUUUAUUUAUGGCUGAAUUUCCUCUUUCCAUCCUGAAUUCCAGGGACUCCUCCCCCAAGUAUCUUUUCCUCCUCUUCUUUCCCUGGAACCGGGGUCUUACCCUGGGAAUUUCCAUCUGGGUAGCAGUAGCACUUUCAUACAAUUUGCCUUCUGGAUCACUGAGUCCAAAUUGGGAGCAAAGUUACCAACACCUACCCCCUUUCUUCUGUGGGAGCAGCUCCCUAGAUGGGGCAGAAAGAGUCACGUCUCGGCCUCCAUUUUUUAUGUCUAUUUAUUAUUUGUAUAUGUGUGUAUGCGUGUGUGUGUACUUUUUUUUAAAUCACCGGAGUGUUGUGUAUGGUUGCUGUUCACAGUUCAUGCCUUCCCAUUGGCGCUUCCAGGAGAAAAGGGGGUUCCUGGGAGAAUGAGCAAUAGAAUCUCCCAGUGUCGGGUGAACCCUGUCCACUUGGAACUUAACUGGGGAUUUCAAGAGAAAUAAAGAACCUCCCUGAAUUCUCAAACCCA